AUGUCUACCUACGAUGGCUCGCGCUCGGCGCGCCAGUCGAAGCGGUACUCCAUGUCCGCGCUGUACAUGUCCAUGACAGCAAAUGAAGGAGAGAUGCAAAUUGAGGACGAUCUCGCUAAAGCCCAGAAAGCCCUGCGAGAUCUCAAAUCCAAAAUCUCCUCCCAGUCCAAGAAGAACUUUGUUCUCGAAAAGGACGUCCGCUAUCUUGAUUCGAGAAUUGCGCUGCUCAUCCAGAAUCGCAUGGCGCUGGAAGAACAAAACGAAGUGGCCAGCCAUCUUGAUGAUACUGAAAUGGAAGAAGGCGUCUUCCCCAACGACGACAAGACGCAAAAAUACGGAAAUCUCAUGUUUCUUCUGCAGUCCGAGCCCAGGCACAUUGCUCACCUGUGCCGACUCGUCUCAAUGUCGGAAAUCGAUUCACUUCUUCAGACAGUCAUGUUCACCAUUUACGGAAACCAGUACGAAAGCCGAGAAGAGCACUUGCUUCUUACCAUGUUCCAAUCUGUUCUCACCUAUCAAUUCGACAAUACCCCCGACUACUCCUCACUGCUCCGAGCCAAUACGCCCGUUUCCCGUAUGAUGACGACCUACACGCGAAGAGGCCCCGGUCAAAGCUUCCUGAAGAUUGCCUUGGCCGACAGAAUCAACAGCUUGAUCGAACUGCGAGACCUGGAUCUGGAAAUCAACCCCCUCAAAGUCUAUGAACGCAUGGUUGAGCAAAUUGAAGAAGAUACCGGCACGCUACCGCCAAAUCUACCAAAGGGCAUUACUGCGGAGCAGGCGGCGGAGAACCCCCAAGUCCAAGCUAUCAUCGAGCCCCGAUUGACAAUGCUCAUCGAGAUUGCCAAUGGCUUCUUAUCCACCAUCAUCGAAGGGCUGGAAGAGGCGCCCUAUGGCAUUCGCUGGAUCUGCAAGCAGAUCAGGAGCUUGACAAAGCGCAAAUAUCCCGAUGCCAACGACCAGAUUAUCUGCACAUUGAUCGGCGGCUUUUUCUUCCUGCGCUUCAUCAACCCGGCCAUUGUGACCCCCAAGUCGUACAUGCUCAUUGAUGGAACGCCCGCCGAGCGACCUCGCAGAACCCUCACCCUGAUUGCCAAGAUGCUUCAGAACUUGGCAAACAAGCCCUCGUACUCCAAGGAGCCUUACAUGGCCAAGCUCCAGCCCUUCAUCCAACAGAACAAGGACAGGAUUAACAAAUUCAUGCUUGACCUUUGCGAGGUUGGCGACUUUUACGAAAGUCUAGAAAUGGACAACUAUGUGGCGCUUUCAAAGAAAGACCUUGAGCUUGAGAUUACGCUCAAUGAAAUCUAUGCCAUGCAUUCGCUGAUUGAGAAGCAUCGCAAUGAGUUGUGCAAAGAUGAGUCAUCUCACUUGUCCAUCAUUGUGUCUGAGCUGGCAUCGGCUCCUCCACAAGUGCCUCGCAAGGAGAACCGAGUUAUCAACCUUCCCUUGUUUAGCAGAUGGGAGACUGCGAUUGAUGACUUGACCGCGGCACUGGAUAUUACACAGGAGGAAGUGUACUUUAUGGAAGCCAAGUCCAUCUUUGUGCAGAUCAUGCGAACCAUCCCUCAGAACAGCGCCGUCUCAAGGCGACCGUUGCGACUUGAGCGCGUUGCAGAUGCAGCUGCCACGAGCCGCAAUGACGCCGUCAUGGUGCGCAAGGGUAUCCGGGCUAUGGAGCUGUUGUCGCAGCUACAGGAACUCGGCGUCAUUGACAAGGCUGACCAGUUUGACCUGCUGAGGGAUGAAGUGGAGCAGGAGCUUCAACAUUUGGGUUCGUUGAAGGAUGGUGUGAUUGCCGAGACUGAGAAGCUCGAAGAGGUUUUCAAGACGAUUCGCGACCACAACGCAUACUUGAGCGAAGGUACCAAGCGAAAGCAGCAGAAACAGCAGGUCCUUGGACCAUACAAGUUUACGCACCAGCAGUUGGAGAAGGAGGGCGUCAUCCAGAAGAGCAAUGUCCCGGAUAACAGACGGGCCAAUAUCUACUUCAACUUUACCAGUCCGUUACCAGGCACCUUUGUCAUUUCCUUGCACUACAAGGGCCGAAAUCGAGGACUGCUCGAACUCGAUCUCAAGCUUGACGAUCUGCUUGAGAUGCAGAAGGAUAACCAGGACGAACUGGACCUGGAAUACGUUCAAUUUAAUGUCCCCAAGGUCCUUGCAUUGCUCAACAAGAGGUUUGCUCGGAAGAAGGGAUGGUGA